AUGGAUGUAUUGGAGUUGCCGGAGACAGGCCAAGGUCUCCGAUCUUGGAUUUGUAUUGACGCGUCGGGAAAUUCCCAAGUCCUUGAGAUCGACAAGUUGACCAUAAUACGUCGUUGUGCUAUAUCAACUCGUGAUCUACGGAUUCUUGACCCCCUGUUUGUUUACCCCCCAACCAUCCUUGGUAAAGAGAAGGCUAUCGUUGCUAAUUUGGAGAAGAUACGGUGUAUUAUCACAGCUGACGAGGUCCUGCUCUUGAAUUCCCUUGACAGAAACGUUUUGCAGUAUGUGAUGGAGCUGCAGAAACGACUAAGAAGCACUGGAGUAGCUGAAUUGAACCCAAGACGCAGCGGUGCCAGGAGUUUUAGGAGCACGUCUUCCUAUUGUCCCUUCGAGUUUAGGGCACUUGCAGUUGUUCUGGACGUUGUUUCUGGCUCACUUGAUUCUGAGGCAUCAGAAUUAGAAAUGGAAGCAUAUCCAUUGCUCGACAAGCUCACAUCAGAGGUAAGUACCUUCAACCUGGAACGAGUUCGCGGAUUGAAGAGCCGCCUUGUUGCAUUGACUCUAAGGUAUAAGAUUCGAGAUGAGGUAGAGAAGAUAAUGGAUGACGACGAAGAUAAGGCUGAAAUGUAUCUUACUGAGAAGAAGAGAAAGAUGGAAUCGGCUUCAGUAAUUUCUGAUGAUAUUCAGUCUUCUCUGCUGGGAAUAUUCAGAUCAAAUGAAGGAGCCUCUGAAGCAUCUGAUCCUAUAAUAUUUGCUCCUGUUUCUUCACCCUCAGGCUCCCGUAGGCUGACGAAAAACUCGAGCAGCGUCAGGAGCCGUCGCGAGAGCAUGAUGAUGAGUUCUGAGAACGCUGCGACCAGUGUGGAAGAGUUGGAGUCAUUACUGGAAGCAUACUUUGUUGUCAUUGAUAGCAUUCUUAAUAAGUUGAUGACGUUGAAGCAAUACAUCGAUGACACAGAAAAUUUCCUCAACAUUCAGAUGAAUAAUCUUCGAAAUCGACUGAUCCAGUUUGAGCUGCUACUCACAUCCGCUACGUUUGUUCUUGCUGUAUUUGGGAUAAUAAUUGGAAUAUUUGGCAUUAACUUUCCAGUACCAUUAUUUAAUGAUUCUCAUACAAUUAAGGUGGUCCUCAUCAUUACUAGCGUUUGUGGGAUCAUCUUAUACUGUGCAUUAGUGUGUUUCUACAAGUGGAGAGGGGUUCUGCUGCUAUAA